ACACCGCUUGGGCGAAGUCUCAGCCAUUUGCCUUCUUGCUUUCGACCAGGAAACUCAAGCUUGGCACCACCCGACUUUUUUUUGGGGAAAAAAAAGCAAUUUAACAAAACCAAACCAAGAUGAGGGAAAUCGUUCACAUUCAGGCCGGACAAUGCGGAAACCAAAUCGGAGCCAAGUUUUGGGAAAUUAUAUCUGAUGAGCAUGGUAUCGACCCUACUGGAGCCUACCACGGCGACUCCGAUCUUCAGUUGGAGAGGAUUAACGUUUAUUACAAUGAAGCAUCUGGAGGUGGAAAGUAUGUACCUAGAGCGAUCCUUGUUGAUCUUGAACCCGGCACCAUGGAUUCGGUCAGAUCAGGACCAUUUGGACAGAUCUUCAGGCCUGACAAUUUUGUAUUUGGACAAUCCGGCGCUGGCAACAACUGGGCCAAAGGGCAUUACACCGAAGGAGCUGAACUUGUAGACAGUGUAUUGGAUGUUGUUCGUAAAGAAGCUGAAGGCUGUGACUGUUUACAGGGUUUCCAAUUGACCCACUCUUUGGGAGGUGGUACUGGCUCUGGAAUGGGAACUUUGUUGAUUUCAAAAAUUAGGGAGGAAUAUCCAGAUAGGAUCAUGAACACUUACUCCGUUGUACCUUCACCAAAAGUGUCCGAUACUGUUGUCGAACCUUACAACGCAACUCUUUCAGUACAUCAACUGGUUGAAAACACUGACGAAACUUACUGUAUUGACAAUGAAGCUUUGUACGAUAUUUGCUUCAGGACAUUGAAACUUUCAACACCGACUUAUGGAGAUUUGAAUCAUCUCGUAUCUUUGACCAUGUCUGGUGUCACUACCUGUCUGAGGUUCCCUGGUCAAUUGAAUGCUGAUCUUAGGAAGUUAGCUGUCAACAUGGUGCCAUUCCCUAGGCUCCACUUCUUUAUGCCCGGAUUCGCUCCUCUUACUUCCAGAGGAUCACAACAAUAUAGAGCCCUAACUGUCCCAGAACUCACUCAGCAAAUGUUCGAUGCUAAGAACAUGAUGGCAGCAUGUGAUCCUAGACACGGCAGAUAUCUGACUGUUGCUGCUAUCUUCAGAGGACGAAUGUCGAUGAAGGAAGUAGAUGAACAAAUGUUGAACAUCCAAAAUAAGAAUUCUUCAUACUUCGUUGAAUGGAUUCCUAACAAUGUCAAGACUGCUGUUUGUGACAUCCCACCAAGAGGCCUCAAGAUGUCCGCUACAUUUAUUGGCAACUCAACCGCCAUUCAAGAACUAUUUAAGAGAAUCUCUGAACAAUUCACUGCCAUGUUCAGACGCAAGGCUUUCUUGCAUUGGUAUACUGGUGAAGGUAUGGAUGAGAUGGAAUUCACUGAAGCCGAAUCCAACAUGAAUGAUCUCGUCUCCGAAUACCAACAAUAUCAAGAGGCUACUGCCGAUGAAGACGCAGAGUUCGACGAGGAACAAGAACAAGAAAUUGAUGAAAAUUAAGUCAGUUGCUUUAUUCUCUAUAAUGCCCGUUUAUUCCCCUUUCGCUAGCAUAUUCAAAAAGUGGAAGCAAUUUACUUGUAGAAAGGGUCGAUUUUUUUCUUGUUUGCCCACAUGUUAUUGUUCACAGACAUAAAAUUUGAGGAAUGUGUAUGAGAAGAAAGUUAAUGUAAACGCCACUUUUUGAAUCUCAAGACUAUUUUACAAAGAAUAAUUUUUUUUACUUGGAUCAUAUAGGAUAUGCCUGCCUUUCCUUCUUCAUUUUAUAUGUCUUUU